AUCAACCUCUCAUUAAGAAGAAGACGUGGCUUCCAAACUUCCUACAUUUUCAAUCCUUUGGCUUCCAGUGCUGCUUGACUUGCUUCUUCUCUACCUAACAUGUGCCUCUGCAGCACCUCUGAAUAUGCCGAGGCUCGGUGUCAUUCGAGACACGACGGAGGUGUUGAGGGGCAGAGUUGCCCAAUCUUCCAUUCCUUCAGAUUUCAAGACCUAUUUCUAUACACAGACGCUAGACCACUUCAACUACAGGCCUGAAAGCUACACCACCUUUCAACAGAGAUACGCAAUCAAUUCUAAGUACUGGGGAGGUGGCAUGUCCGGCGCUCCAAUCUUUGUUUACCUUGGAGAGGAGACCUCUAUGGAUACCGACCUAAGUGCUAUCGGUUUCCUAACUGAUCAUGCUCCUCAAUUCAAUGCUCUAAUAGUAUACAUAGAGCACCGAUACUAUGGACAAUCAGUCCCGUUUGGCGAGGUUGAAAAUGCUAGCUCACUUGGGUACUUGAGUUCGUCUCAAGCUCUGGCAGAUUAUGCUGAAAUUAUCUUAGAGAUAAAGAAAAACUUAUCUGCAAAUGGUUGUCCUGUGAUUGUUAUUGGAUGCUCUUAUGGUGGAAUGCUUGCUUCAUGGUUUCGCCUCAAGUAUCCACACAUAGCCCUUGGCGCACUUGCAUCGUCGGCUCCCAUUCUUUACUUUGACGAUAUCACACCCCAAGAUGGAUAUCUUUCUGUGGUUUCCAGGGAUUUUAGAGAAACCAGUGAGAGCUGUUAUAGUAGUAUACUGCAAUCGUGGGCUGAAAUUGAUAAAGUGGCUUCCCAACCCCAAGGUCUUUCGGUACUAAGUAAAAGAUUCAACACUUGCGUCCCGUUAAACAACUCUGCGGAGCUCAAGAGCUACUUAACAUUCAGUAUAUAUGCGGUCGCUGCACAAUACGAUUAUCCUCCAGGCUCCGUUGCUUUGAUAUGCAGAGGCUUCGAUGAAACACCCAAAGGAACCGACGUUCUUGGUAAGAUCAUUGCGGGUGUGUCUGCGUAUAAAGGAAACCUCCGAUGCCUUAAUGUUCCAAGUGCAAUUGGACCCGCUGGAAACGUAAAUCUUAAUCAAAAUACUGCGUGGAGUUGGCAGACAUGUACUGAGAUGGUAAUGCCUAUUGGCGGAGGUAUCAACGCUACCCUGUUCCCUCAUGCUCAGCAUUUUGAUCUAAACGCCGGCAUCGAGUACUGCAAGAGCUUCUACGGUGUCAGCCCUAGGCCUCAUUGGAUCACCACCCAUUUUGGUGGCCAUGAUAUUAAACGGGUUCUAAAGAGGUUUGGUAGCAACAUCAUAUUUUCAAAUGGAUUAAGAGACCCUUACAGUAUUGCUGGUGUGUUGGGAAACUUAUCAGACAGCCUUGUAGCCCUAACUACUAAAAAUGGAGCCCAUUGCUUGGAUUUACUUCCUGAAUCACGAGAACCAAAUGACCCAGACUGGUUAACCGCCCAACGAAGCAGUGAGGCCCGAAUCAUUGCCCAGUGGAUCGCACAGUAUAAAGCGGAUCAGGCUGCAAAUUGUUGAUGCCUAUCAUAUCAUCCUUAUUUACAUUCUUUGUCUAAAUAAUAUUAUUGUUUGUUUCAUCGAUUUUACUUUUAGUUUCCCAUAUUAUCCUCUCUAAUAACAACUCCGAUAUUCCAAUGUAAUAAGGCAUGGCAUCUUGGGUUUAAAUGUGCUACCUGCACCUAGCUAUGUUUGAAUAGUCGGAAGAAAAUGUUGAA